AUAUCUAGACCAUUAUUCAUAGAACAAUGCAAUAUCUUGUGGCUUUUCAUAAAUGAUGUAGAUAUGCUACCACAAACCCUGUGUUUGCAUUCUAACAUUGAUAAUAUUAUCAUAUUUGGAGAAGAAGGAUUUAAGGGUGUUCUGUUUCAUGUUCAAGUGGAUGUCAGUGAUAUGCAAG